AUGAAUUCUCAAUACUUUAUCAAAAUAUCUAUUGAACCAAUUGAAUAUUCCAAUGUAUUUGAUUUAAUCAAUGAUUCUUCGAUUGGAGCUGUUUCUACAUUUUUCGGGAUUACUAGAAAAUAUGAUCAAGAAAGAAUUGUACAAGCAUUGAAAUAUGAAUGUUAUUUGAAAAUGACUUAUUUAGAAAUGGAAAAAAUUAUUAAAAAUUCUUAUCAAUUAUGGCCAUCAUUAGUACAUAUAAUUGUACUUCAUAGAUAUGGAAUUGUUCCUGUAGGAGAAAUCAGUGUAGCAAUAGCUGUCAGUUCACCACAUCGUAAAGAUAGUCUUGAUGCUGUGAAAUAUUUAAUUGAAUCAAUUAAAUCACAAUUACCAAUUUGGAAAAAGGAGAUUUAUGAAGAUGGUACAUUCAAAUGGAAAAGAAAUAAUGAAUGUUUUUGGUUACAAAAAGAGAAAUAA